AUGGUUGGAAAAUGCUGUUUUACCGGAAGUCUGCAUGAAGGAGAGGCUUCUGGUGCUAUCAAAGAGGCUUUUGGUCUCGAGACCUAUAUCACGGGCUCGAGCUCAAGCGCUAAGAUAAUCGUUAUUCUCACCGAUGUAUUUGGCCUCAAUCUCAUCAACACCAAACUGAUCGCUGACCAGUUCGGAAAGGCGGGAUAUGAAGUAUACGUGCCAGAUAUCUUGUUUGGUGAGGCAAUCGAGAAAGUAGAUGAGUCUGUCAACAUUCAAGAGUUCAUUCACAAACACAGGCCAGAAGUCACCAGGCCAAUUGUUGACAAAUUCUUACUGAGAUUGAAAGAAAAAUUAAAUCCCAAGUUUUUGGGUGUUAUUGGCUAUUGUUUUGGCGCCAAGUACGCCCUAGACCACAUAAAAGCAGAGGCACCAGUUGCCAACGCGGCAGCUAUUGCCCACCCCUCAUUUAUCGAGGUUAAUCAACUCAAAGUGAUUGGAAAAUCCCCAUUACUGAUCUCUGCAGCCCAAGACGAUCACAUUUUUCCAAUGGAGCUAAGACAUGAAUCCGAAAAGACGUUGAUAGAGUCGGGUGCCGUUUUCAGGCUUGAUUUGUUCGGUAAUGUCUCUCACGGAUUUGCGGUCAGAGGCGACCUGAGUGACCCGCUUGUCAAAUACGCCAAAGAAAAAGUCUUUUCAGACCAACUGGACUGGUUUAAUCAGUUCUCUAGCGCUUGA